UGAAUUGAGUUACAAAAUGUAUUUCGGUUCUGCAAUUUCUCAUUCGCGUUUCAAAUGGCUCGGUAUCUGUUUCCUGACAAUGCUCCUAAUAUACUGUCUAACCAAUCAAGAUAUGGGUUUAAAUACAAGGAACAAAAUAUAUAAAAUGCAUGCAAGCAGCACAGGACCUAGUGAUAGUGUGAGAGAUCAUUCCGAAAAUAGUACCCACCGGGUAGAUGACAGCCCAGGGUCGCCAGAACUCCCACAGCAACUGUACUAUGUGAACAGUCCACAUUGUAAAAUGCCAUACAUAGAUCCCUUCUCACAGGAGUUGUUGGCAAUCUAUAAGCCCAUGGUAUUCGAGACAUGUACCAAUGAGUCGGAUCUAGUAACACCUAUCUUCGAUGUCAAUCGCAAGCGCUAUGUGCUCCAUAUUGAUGAAGGUGUCGCAGCGAAAAUACUUAAUUCCAGUGAAAUUGAGUAUAAUUGUUAUUACCAGGAAAUAACGCGAUAUGCUGAACACGACAGUUAUAACGACCUGCCGCCGAGGAUAUACUUCAGCCAGGGUUACGUGGUACCGUUGCACGUUGAGGGCAUGAUAUUGGGCUGCAGCGAGGCGGCCAAUGACUCAAAUGUCCUGCAAACGGAUGCCUUCGGGUUUAUUCAAUACAAGCCAUUCCCAUCCGCAGUGCCGACUCUGAAAACAGCUCCAGCACAGGCUGCGCAGCGAAAGCCCAGUGUCAUAAUGUUUGGAAUCGAUAGUAUAUCGAGAAUUAAUUUAAGACGCACCAUGCCCAAAGUUUACAAAUUCUUAACUCGCAGCGGCUGGUAUGAGAUGCAGGGCUAUAAUAAGGUUGCAGAUAACACUUUUCCAAACUUAAUGGCCAUUCUUAGUGGCUUUACGCCCGACACGGUCAAGGAGACAAUCUGCGAUACGGAUGAAAAAGGUUGCUUCGCUCGUAUUCCCUUUAUCUGGAAGUAUUUGAAGGAUGCUGGAUAUUUGACAGCCUAUGCGGAGGAUACGUGCAACAUAAACACAUUCAACUACGUAAAGCCGGGCUUUUCGCUGCAGCCGACGGAUUACUAUUAUAGACCACUUCUGCGAGCCUUCGAGAGUGAGAUGAAAACUUGGAAAUGCGCCAAGUGCACAAUUAAAUAUUGCAUCGGCCGACGCAUUCAAAGUAGCUAUAUUUAUGACUAUGCAAAGGAAUUCGCCAGACGCUAUGUGGAUGAGCGACCCAUUUGGGGCCUUUUCUGGUCGAGCAGUUUUAGCCAUGACGAUUAUGCUAUGCCCUCGAAAAUGGCUGACUUUGUUUUACAGUAUUUACUGGACUUUGAGACGGACGGUGUGUUGGAUGAGAGCAUUGUUAUAUUCUUCUCUGAUCAUGGCUCACGGUAUGGCAAAUUAAUGUAUUUAAGCAGCGGAUUCUUAGAGGAGCGUUUGCCCAUGAUGUUUAUCUAUUUGCCGCCCUGGUUUCGGGCGCAAUAUCCGGAAUUUGCGGAAGCCUUAACGGCAAACCGCAAUCGUCUGACAUCCAAUUAUGAUCUGCAUAAUACUCUCAAGCACAUCGCCGAAAUAGCCGGUCUACCCAAUUCUGCUCCACUGCCAAAGGCCAACGACUGUCCCAGGUGUCAAUCGUUGUUCUACCCUGUAAAUGCAACGCGAACCUGUGCGGAUGCUGGCAUACCGGAGCACUAUUGCACCUGCAAGCCGUAUAAAAGGCUUUCAGAUGAAUGGGCAGAUCGCAUAGCUCCUCGGGUAAUCGAUCGCAUGAACGACUAUCUAAGGGGCAAAAAUCUAAGCAGCCUCUGCACAAAUCUUACCUUAAGCUAUAUUCAUAAAACGGAAAUUCAAAUCGGUCCAGAACAGAAAUUUCAUGAAUUCCAAAAAAUGGAUGUGGCAGUCUAUCGCACCAAGUUCAAAGUUCAACAGAAUAGCGCCGACUUUUUCGCAACUGUAGUCUAUAAUAAUGUUACCAAUAAUGUGGACGUUGAUGUGGAGAAAAUAAGUCGCACAAAUUCCUAUGCGGAAGACUCAACCUGCAUAAAUGAUAAAAUUGCCAAAUUAUAUUGCAUAUGCAUAAAAGAUUUGAAGCCAUCAUAUUAGUAUAAUUUAAUUUCUAUCGUGAGUGUUAUGUCUGCAAAAAGAAUUCAUAAAUCAAAUCAACCUUAAGCGAAAAACUCAUUUCCUUUUUUAUCAAUUGCGAAAAUUAAGCGAAAAUAUUUUUUGCAACUUUCAUUACUGAAAAUAAGUUUUGUUGUUAAAGUUGCUUGUAGUUUGUAGGGGGUACAAAAACA